GUAUAAUAUUUGUAGACUAGGAUUAGGGUAGGAGAUGAAGCUAACCUUCUGGAUAUUAUUGUCUGGCGUCGCGCUGUUCGCGCUUCCGAACGCCGCGGACUACGUUUCGGAUCAGACCUACUUCACACCAUGGGAACAGGAGAAGCCGUCCCGAUGGAUAAGGCUACCGCAGAUGCGAAGACCGGAAAGGCAGGCGGAUAAAGAUGACGAGGGUCGACACUUUGGCGCGGAUACCAUUUUCAAGAUAUCGGAAACGCUGGGCGCCAUCAACACUGUCGGAAGGUAUUUGGUGAACAUGACCAGAGGAAACCGCGAGAGCGGCGACGGUCUUUCCCAGGAGGUGCCUAGCGCAAUCUACACGAUCAGUAAGAACGUCCUUGGAAGGAAUGUCACUGAUUCGAUAGCGCCGUUGGUCAGGGAAGCUUUACCGCCAGAUUACAGGACGACGCCGCCUACUAAGACUACUACUACUACGACGACGGAAGCUUCAGCCGUUUCCAGAGUGUGCACAACUCCAGAUGGUUUACAAGGGUAUUGCGAUGAUUUGAGAGACUGUCCUCAGCUUCUUCUAAACUUGAGCAAUUUGCGCCAAUCCCUUUGCUUCAAAAGCCUUUUCGAACCGGGUGUAUGUUGUCCAAGAUCCAACACUGACAAAACUACCACAAUACCUCCGAUACCGCCAGUUUUGACUGGUAAUCCAAUAGCGGAAUACGUGCCACCAGAAUUAGAGAAUCUAGUUCCCAUCAUCACAUCAACACAAGCACCUCAAAUUCAACAGCCUUCUCUACCUCCAAGCCUCUCUCCAGUUGGAAACAUUGUUGACCCUGAAGAUUGUGGACAGCCGGAAAACGCAAAUUUCAGGGUUGUAGGAGGAGAAGAAGCAUUGCCGGGUCGUUGGCCUUGGAUGGCUGCAAUCUUUUUGCACGGUUCCAGACGAACAGAGUUCUGGUGCGGCGGUACCUUAAUAUCCCCGAAGCACAUAUUAACUGCGGCGCAUUGCACCAGGGAUUCCCGUCAAAGACCAUUUUCAGCUCAUCAAUUCACCGUGCGUUUGGGCGAUAUUGAUUUAAAGCGCGAGAACGAGCCCUCCGCUCCUGUCACAUUCAAAGUGACGGAUAUAAGGGUGCACAAGGAGUACAAUAGGCUGGGAUUCUACAACGACAUCGCCAUUUUAGCGCUGGAUAGGCCGGCUAGGAAGUCCAAGUACGUGAUCCCUAUCUGCCUGCCGCAGGGUAACCUGAAGAGGGAGUCGUUUGCGGGUCGCAGGAGCACAGUCGUCGGAUGGGGGACAACCUAUUACGGUGGCAAGGAGAGCACCACGCAAAGGCAGGCGGAGCUGCCCAUCUGGCGGAACGAGGACUGCAAACAGGCGUAUUUCCAGCCGAUCACCUCGAACUUCAUUUGCGCUGGUUAUUCAGAAGGUGGCACCGAUGCCUGCCAGGGCGAUUCCGGAGGCCCUUUGAUGAUCAAUUGGGACGCCAGAUGGACCCAAAUCGGCGUUGUUAGCUUUGGCAACAAGUGCGGCGAGCCCGGAUAUCCCGGAGUUUACACUAGAGUCACAGAGUACAUAGAUUGGAUCAAGAAAAACACAUAUUAAUCUAUAGCAAAUCCAUCACCAAUGGAUAUACCAAUAACAAAAUUGUAAAAAAAAUCAUAGCUAUUAUUAUUUUUGUAAUUUAUUAGUAACAACCA